UGUCACACGCGACGCGCUUCGGGUCCCGAGGCUCUCUCCAGCGACUCUCAGCCCGCGCAAGCAACGAUCUCGUCCAUCCGACGCUGCUCUCGCCCACCACGACGUCCACCAGCGAGGUAUUCGCACCCUCAUCAUACCCACACUAACCGACUCUAGUAACGAACCUCACGAACUCACGACGCUGUACGACUUCUUACGACAAUGAAUCCGGACUAUCGCCUCGACACCCCUCCGCCCUCUUCUCGUUUCCGACGUCCAUGGUCUCCAGAUCCUCAGGAUCUCCUUCCCCCUAUGCCUCGGGCAUUUGAUGAUGACCAUUUUGAUGCCUAUAAUCCAGGACGACACCUCAGCAGACAGCGCGAGCCUUCCGACGUCUCCGUCGAAGCCCUCGAUCUCGCAGACUACGCAGCUCACCUGCGGCGCGACAACAACCCAUACCCACCGCCAGAAUUCCAUGCUUACGACUCCUACCCUCCGUCUCCGCGCGCCGCACGUCCUCUGGCGAGCAGUCCAGACUCAUUGCAACCCCCCUCCCUCGCAUCACCCUCCGCCUCCAGCGCGCCCUCUAUAUCCGAGGUCGGUCAUCGCGUGCCCAACCGCAGGCCCUUCUCCCUCCCCCCACCAUCCUUCCCGCAUCGCUCGCCCCAGAGCCAUCCCUCGCUAUCGACCUCCGGUCGUGGUCCCUACGACCCGUAUGUCCGCGUUGCAGGUACAGGCACAGACUCCGAGAUCGACAUCGCAGCCUUCCCAUCCUUCUCGCGAACAUGGUACGGAGCCAACAAGGCUCACUCACCUCUUCCCCCUCCGUCUUCCGCACCGGGUCAUGGUCCUGGCGCGACCAAGCUCUCGCCCUUCGACCCGGCCUACCCUACACCCGACUACGACCCCGACCCGUACAACCCGUAUACGUUCUCUCCUCCCCCAUCCUACAACCCCCGCUCCUCGCGCGACCUCGUGCCAUGGGGCUCAGAUCCAACCGAGGCAGACGCGCCGGUCGACCCUGGGACGAAGGAGGAGCGCAUGCGUAUGUUGCAGGCGGAGUUUGGCGGGAAGCAGGUGGGGACACCGGGAGAGGACGAGGAGAAGGUGGGGAGUGUGGAUCAGAAGGGGAAGUUGAUCACAGAGGGUCCGACGAAGAGGUUAGCGGCGAGGUGUGUCCAGGUCUUGCUUGUGAUCGCGGCAUGUAUCUCGUCGGUGUACACUGGUUUGGUCAUCAAGACGACUUCGACACCUCCGCCCAAGGGCAAGAUGGCCGCCUACGUCCUCUACGUCUUCUCCUUCGUCACCCUCCUCGCCUGCAUAUACAUGUACAUGAUCCGCCCCUGCUGCUGCGGCGCGCGCGACCGCAAGCUCGACACACCCUUUGGGGCAGAAGGCCCGGGCGGGAUGAUGGUUCUUCCGGUGCAGGGCCUGCCCGGCGGCGGCAAGAAGAAAGGGAAGAAGAAGAAAGGACGGGGAGGUGGUCAGGGGGAGGGCGUGCAAGUAAACCUAAUCGUGGACCCCACGAUGUUCGGCGGUGGUCCUGGCGGGAGGGAUCGGGAUCGCGACGAGUGGGAGGUCGAAGAAGAGGGGGAGGAAGGCAGCGCUCCGGGGAGCUUUGAGGGGAACGGUGGCAAGAGGAAGGGAGGCCCGAGGAGAAGGGGCAUCUUUGCGGGGCUGGCGAUGGAGGCCCAGUGGAAGCGAGCAAGGAAGCAGCUGAAGGUGCUGAUGGCAUUCGAUUGUGUUAUGGCGUUGGCGUGGGGGGUCGUAUUUGUGGUGAUAUUGAUGGGAAAGAAGUGUCCGGUGGGAGGAUAUCUGGGCUGGUGCGACGGGUACAACGUGGGGACGGCUUCAGCGUGUCUGCUGUUCCUCGCGUUUUGCUUCAGCAUCUUCUUCGAUAUCAAGGACCUACACGCGAGCAAGGCUUCACCUAGGACACGACCAUAGUACCUGCCUUCCGUGCUGUGCUUCUUCCUUCCCGACGUGGUGUUUCACGCUUGUAUCCCCGGUCUGCCGCCAUCUUGCAUCCUCCCGCAUGGACUCCGGACUCUAUCAUCGCAGUGCUGACUUAUUGGUAUAUUGGAAGCUAACGAUGUACUUUAAUGAUCAUUUUUGGACGAAGUGUUCUCUCGUGUGGAGUGCCCGUUCUUUUCUGGCGUCCAAGGCACCUCGGUCUGUUCUCACAUUCACUUUCUGCGUCGUCUGCGUGCGACGCACGUUG